UCUCACUUUACUCUUGCUCCUUUUUUAAAACUAAUUCCUUUCUUUGUAGUGCCCUGAUCACUUCCCAAUAUACAAAGAAGCCUAGAGGACCUUUCCAUAAAAAACAGGUGAUAUCAAGAUCAAAGAAACAACCAGCAAUAAGAUCUUGGACAGGAACCAAAUACUCGCAUGAAGAACACAAUGGUCAUCUCCAUUGUAACUGUCCUGAUGUUUCAACUUAUUACAUCUGAAGAAUCAGUGGAAUUGCAAAAAUAUCCAAUGAGCUUUGAAAACAAUUCUUUUGAUGACCAAUAUAUGGGCUGUGAAGAGACCAUGAAUAUAAGGGCAAUAGAGCUCUUAAAUGAAGAAAGGGCAAAAAACCCAGAAUUCGACAAAGUUUGGGAAAAAGCAGAAAAUCAUUGGAAAAAUAUGUCUCCUGACAAAAAAAGAAUGGACAAGAUGUUUGAAAUUGCUGUCAUUGCUUAUACGAUGGUAGACUAUAACAUGUAUAAAAUCUUUAAUCAAGCAGUAAAAGGAUGUUGUGAGUCCCUAGAGUCUUAUGUGAAAAACUUCCAUUUCAAAGCUUUCCAUUUCUAUCUCACCAGGGCUAUUCAAACGCUAAAAGGACCUUGCAGAAAUGUUUACAGAGGGGUCAAUGUGAAGAUGUACUCUCUUGGGCCAGGAAGGAUGCGAUUUGGUCAAUUUGGUUCAACCUCUCUGGACAUAAAUGUAGCCAAAGGUUUUGCAGAUAACUUUGGGACCAUCUACUAUGUGUACACAUGUGAGGGAGCUUCCAUUGAACAUUUAUCCAAUUAUCCUGAACAAAAGGAAGUGCUAAUCCCCCCAUAUGAAGAGUUUCAUGUCUCCAAGUUCUCUGAAAAUUCCAAAGGCAUUACAGCAGUUCAUCUAACUCAUAAAAGAAAAUCUAGCAAGUAUAACUGUGCCUUAGUAGGUUCUGGUAAUAAGGCAACCGUCCCUGGACUACUUACAACCGUCUUAUUCUCUGGAGUCUUCAUCCUACUCUUCCAAGCUCAUUCCCAGAUCUUGACAGGAUUCUAGCUACCCUGGGGCCCCAGACAAUGAUAUGCCAGUAAAUGUUUACCAACUGGCUCUUCCCCAUCUUUUCCCCAUCUGCAAAAAGGAAUGUACCCAUGACCCACUUUUAAGGAUAAUCUGUAACAUAAUUUUUUCUACCACUUUCCUAACUCUAGACUAGCAAUAGAAAAUAGUUGAUGUACUAUUUACAUAUUUCUAAGUGUAAAUAGUCACACUGAAAAUGUAAUAAUUAACAUCCUCAGAUAGGUUAUAGCUAGUUCUAGAACACACAUGCAUAUAGGUCUCUCUCAGCUCCAUGUUGCUUAUCAAUAACUCAACUAGGGCAAGUUAGAGAGGAGGGUAGCUUGAGUCUAGUCUUAUCUUUCCCCACAACAACCCAUAGAAAGUGUUAAUAUGGAAAUAUUUUAAAGGCUUCACCUAAUCAUAAAUUGUAAGAUCAUCAAGUUGAAAUA